AUGCUCACUCCUGAGCUUGAACCCUCGGCCUCGCUCACGUCCUCCGACACCGAAUCGGACGCCUCUGCCAUCCAUCACGCUGCUGAUCCGGAGCCGGCGGCCAACGAGUACGAUCGCCCGGCGACGCCGAAGCGGAGCAAAGCCAACGUGCAGCAGCCAACCGCAAGGACUGCCGACCGCGGCUCGGCCCACGAGCGCUGCAAGGAGCAAGCCACUGCUGGCACUCCUGCUCGCGCUCUGCAAAACCCGAUCCGCGAUCAUGUGCGCGAGCAAGCACGAGCUCGCCGGGCGUCCAAAGCCUUGACCCGCGCCUCACAGCUCGAGGCCCACGCCUCCGAGGCCGCACGCCGCGCCGCCAUUCCCACGUCACCGGGUGUCCAUGUACUUUCCGAGGCCGAACAGGACCGCCUCCGCCGCAAGCAUCGCCGCCAAAGCCGGGCCUCGUCACGCCCGCUCUCAACGUUCGACUUGCAGAGCUCACCGGCCAACGCGGCCGCCGAUCCGGGUGCCUCGCUUGCGGUCCUUCCGCGCUCAAUGUGGACUGCAGAGCGUCCGCAGCAGACCUCGUCUCGGGCCCGCCGGACGAAGCGCCGCUUGCACAAGCAACUCCAUGUCACGUAUGACCGCUCAAUGUCGGCUGGCACCGUCGCUCGUCGCGGCCCGGACACCGAGCUCAUCGAACGCAUUGCUGCUGCCAAGCGCAAGGGGCGUUCAUCGCGGAACAAAGGCUCGCGGGCAAGGACUCGGGCGCAGGCCGCGGCCAAGGCCCGCGCCAAGGCCGCGGCGGCGCUGAUGUCGCCGGCGUCGGCCAGCCAUGACUCGCGAUCGCGUCCGCGGUCAGCGCCACGGGCAUCGUCAAGCGAGUUCCACCUCUCUGGUCCGGUCCGCCUAUUUGCUGUUGCUCGCACGCUCACCGCCCGGGAUCCGCUAGCCCGAGCACGACCGCGGACGCCGUCGCCGCAACCUGCCAAGCCGCAGGCCAGGCCGCGCACCCGCGACGGCAUUGCGUCGCCCGAAGCGCGCGCUCGCGAGGCCCGCAUGCGGACUGCGGUCCGCAUUGCUCAUCAGGAGGCCGACGCUCGCGACGCGCAUGUCCAGCGCUACCGCCGCGGCAUCCCGCCAUCGGUCGAGAUCAAAGCUGUACACCAUGGUGCACCCUCAGUCCUCUCGGCGUCGAACAAGGAGCAAAUGCGUCGGCGCCGCGCACGUGAGGCUGCGGCUGCGCAGGCCAGCUCGGCCCGCAGGGCUCCUUCGGGUAGCAACUCUGACUCGGACGCACCGAGCCUUGGCGUCCACGACUCGCUCUCACCCAGUCCGCGUGUGUCUACCGCUCGCGGCUCGGCGCCGACGCCCGGUGGCACGCUCCCGCGGUCGCCGCGGCCGAGAGCUUCGUUGCACCUACAGCCAGAGACGGAGGAGUACGAGUAUGCUCACGAGUUGGAUGGUGAAUCGCGGCGUGGCGGCAUGCCGGUCUUCAACGUCUCGCCGCCAUCGUCGAUCUCGAGCGCCGACUCACCCGCCGACCACUUGGUUGCAGGCGGCAUCACCAUUGUCGUCGACGCGAGCCACUCCGAGUCGUCGGCUCCACGUCCGGGUCCGCCGCCGGGCGUGUCGCGAUUGCAGCUGUUGCAAAGCGACGUCACGUCGCAGCGGCGGGCCAACCGGCGCUCAAUCUCGCUGCAUGGCGGAAGUGGCAGCGGCAGCGGCGGCCGGUCGCGGGCUGGUACCCUCGCUGCGCCUAACAUGACCAGGCCUGAGGCGCUGCUGAAUGUCUCGGCACCGGUGGACGAGGUGUCGGCGAGCCACCUGCUUGCGCCUCACGCGAUCCAGGCACGGGCGGGCGGGCGGCGGCGGUCGCGAGCGCUCUCUAUGUCGGCUGGCCGCACCGCCCUUCCACCGCUCUCGCAAAAGGAGGCCUUUGAGCAGCUGCUCAAGUUUGAGCAGAUCGGAUCGUAUCUCGAGGUACGUGCCGAGGCACGGCGAACGCCUGGGACCAAGUCGGCAAACGCUGCGUUGCUCUCACCGGCCUUGCAGCGGAGCAAGCGGUCGUCGUCGCGGGCCCGGUCCAUUAGCAUCAAGGGCAAGACCACGCCCGACGUCACCGAGUAUCCCGGGUACUGGGCCGAGCUCGACGCCGCGCCGCCACUGGAGACUGAGCUCUCGCGUGUUUACGGUGUGACAACGGUCAAGCAGGGCGCACUCGUCCGCCUCGUCGAGUACCUAGUGACUCGUCCGAAUGACGAGCUCUUCGAGUCGGUCUUCUUCCUCAACUACCGUGUCUUUACCUCAUCGCUCAAGGUGUUUGGCAUGCUGCGGACGCUCUUUCACGCCACGGCUGCGCACGCGGGCAAGCUUGGCCUCGUCCUUCCGCAGCUUCAGUCGCGGGUUCUGGACCUCAUCGGUGGCUGGGUCUCAGACUUUUACUAUGACGACUUUGUCAGCACGCCGGCCAUGGCGCGAGCGCUGGACCAGUUUGUGGCGAGUGAGGCGCCUGCCGCCGGGCUAAGUGAGGAGGCGUCGAUGCUCCGCGAGCUCCGCGACUCGCUCUCGUACGAGCAGCACGCCGAGUUUCUGUGGCCGGAGAAGAUGCCGGACCCGGUGUAUCCUGACCUUGCCUCGGGCAACCAGCUCUCGGUCUACUCGUGCAAGGACGUGGAGAUUGCGCGCCAGCUGACCGUCAUCGAGUCGGGUAUGUUCCAUGCCAUCCGCAAGCCCGAGUUGGUCGACACACCGUGGAUGUCCGAGGAGACUUCGCUCUCGGCGCGCAACGUCAUCGAACUCAUCUCGUUCUUCAACAGGCUCUACCUCUGGGUUACUCUCGAGGUUAUCAAGCCGUUCACAAAGGCCGAGCGCGCGCGUGCGUAUGACAAGAUGGUUGGCAUCAUGGGCGAGCUGUACAAGAUGCGCAACUACAAUGCGACCAUGGCCAUUGUGGGCGCCCUCAACUCGGCGCCGAUCCUUCGCCUCGCCCACACCCGCAAGCUCGUCUCGUCCAAGGCCCGCAAGCUGCUCCGCAAGGUCGAAGCUGCCAUGUCCACCGAGCGCAAUUACGGGAAGUACCGCGCCGUUCUCAACGCCACCCACCAGGCCGUGGUCCCGUACCUCUGGCUCACCCUCCAUGACCUUGUCCUUGCCAAGGACGGCAACGCGCAGCAUCUCCGUGGCGCAUCCAAGUCGGUCCUCUCCAUGGCCCGCCACCUCAUGACCUCUAAGAUCAUCGACGAUGGUGUCCUUCGCUUCCAACAGUACGAGUUCAACUACGAGCCCAUUCCAGCCAUCCAGGCUCUCUUCACCACCACCAAGCUACUUGACGAGGAUGCCAUGUACGAGGUCUCUCUCAAGCGCGAGCCUCGCGGCGCCGAUGCCAAAGAUGUGCCCUGAUGUUGCUUGUUUUAAACCCACAAUCACCAUCCCA